AUGAACAGGACGUUGACAUUUCUCAUCGUCGUUAGUGCCGUAGUCCUGGCCCAAGGUGUUAUGGACUUUUUCGAUGAAGACGGUCGUGAAGAACAUCGCCGUCACCAUCGUCAUUCACUUUUACCACCAUAUCUCCACAAUAUGAGCUGCGUGGCCAAAUGGGAAUACUUCGAGAUUGUGGGGGACAGGAGUCUGACGUUUGCUGAAAAGAAGGAAAAAAUCGGCGAGUGGGCUAAAAAAUACAAUGUUGUGGAUGAAGUUGCAAGCUACAAUGCUUGUAGAGAAAAACUAAAGCAAGAGCACACGAAAAACGUUAGCGAGCUUGUCUCUGGUCUUCCCAAUGCUGUGAAGAAAGUAAACGAACUUUUAGACAAUGAAAAUCAGACUGUUAGGCAACUUUAUGUUGCUUUAAGAGAACUUGGUAAACAAAAUCCAGCACUCUACCGUGUUGUCGAGUAUAUCAAUGUGGUUGUGAGACUUAGACGUGAAGAUUUGGAUGAGCAGGAACAACAGAGAACGCUGUCAACCCCACCUUUCGGCGAGAAUAACGAAGAGCAGAACCUUGGUGAACAAGAUUUUCACUAUAUCUAUGGCUUUGAGUGUGCAAGAUUCAUCCUUCAAAAUGGAAGAAUGUUUGGAAUCAACACGGAUAGAAGAUAUUGGUAA